AUGGUUUAUUCUAUUGCGGAGAGAGUGGAAAUUAUUGAAUUGUAUUUUAUUAACAAUCAAUGUGCAAGAGUAACGGUAACUUUGUUCAAUGAGAGGCAUGCAGAAAGAAACGUGCAUCAUGGUUACGUCCUAGAACUAGUAGCAAAAUUCCGGCAAACUGGUUCAGUGACAAACAGAAAACGGAAUAUUGAAAAUCCGAUAAACGGUAACGAAAAAGAAAAAUGUAAGCUGACGGGGACUGAAAAACGGAAAGCUGACGAUGGAGAGCCUAAUAAGGAUCUAAAAAAGUUGCUGAAAACUUUUAGAGCUUAA